GUCAGAAAAAAAAAACCCCCCAGACUUCGUGAUUACUGGAGCUGACCACGCAGCGAACCGUCUCCACCUUCCAUUUCUGGCGUGGCGAACAGCAACUCAACAGUUACAUUAGCCAAAAAGUAGGGUCAUCGCAAAUAAUCUCACGCCAAACGCACCAUUCGACGGAACCCGUCAAUCCAGCUCCGAUCAGUCCCUCAGUCCAUCAACGCGACCAUGCCUGCACACGCCGAGUCGUCGCCUCUCCUGGGGAGACCCCGCACGCCGCCAGCCGAGCCGGGCGUCGAACGGGGGCAAUGGGUGUCGUCGCCUCGGCUGCGGCCCGCCAUGAUCAAUCGCGUCUCAUCAUCGACGCACCUGCCCGCGGCGGCCGCACACGUCGAGCGGCACAGCGGGGGCUACGACGCGGUGCUGCGCGACGUGAUCCUGGGCUUCUCGGACGGGCUGACGGUGCCGUUCGCGCUGACGGCGGGGCUAUCGAGCCUGGGCAGCACGCGCAUCGUCAUCAUGGGCGGCCUGGCCGAGCUGUUCAGCGGCAUGAUCAGCAUGGGCCUGGGCGCGUACCUGGCCGGCGUCAGCGAGCGCCAGCACUGGGAGGCCGAGCACGCCCGCGAGUGCUGGGAGGUCGACCACGUGCCCGACGAGGAGCGCAGCGAGAUCUACGACAUCCUGGCCCGCUACGGCGUCACCCGCGCCGCCGCCGAGCCCAUGGUCUCCCAGCUGUGCGCCGACAAGACCACCUGGGUCAACUUCAUGAUGGACUUUGAGCUGUCCCUGCCCGAGCCCGACGUCAGCCGCGCCUGGGUCUCGGCCGCCACCAUGGGCCUCAGCUAUUUUGUCGGCGGUCUGAUUCCGAUGCUGCCUUACUUCUUCAUGGACCAGGCGUCCCAGGCAUUGCUCGUCUCGGUAGCCAUCACAGUUGUCAUUCUGCUGCUCUUUGGCUACGCGAAGAAUUGGCUCACCAUCCGAACCAAAAAGGCCGGCGUCUGGGGCGCGCUGCAGACGCUCGUCAUUGGUGCUCUCGCUGCAGGGACCAGCUACGCCAUCGUGCGUUUACUCGACACAAACUGAGAUGACGUAAUCUGGUCACCACUUGGCAUAGUAAAAUCGGCACCGAAGUGUCGUUGUCUGGGAGGCGGCUGCCGAGCGCUCUUGUAUUAUAACAAUCGCCAUCAUUCACAGUCUUCAGCCAGCGAGCUGUUUUGUCAUCCUUCCCAUCCUUCCAAUCGGUGUGUGGCAUUUAGAAUUAUUUCUGUUGGCACGCGCCACUCUCAUGACCCCAUUCUCCUGCCCACCACGGAUACCUAUAUUUAUCGAUGAGUUCUGGGGAGCAGACUAUUUGAGUUUAGUUGUGGUGCGAUGUUCCAGCUCGACUUAAAUAACAUUAAGAGGCGUGGGGAGUGGAAAGACUCGUGAAUUCCAAUUACAGACUAUUAUGGAGAGUGUUAACAAACUAUAAAGUGCCGUGCAAAAAUAGAGGUGCGGACAAUAAAAAUAAAAAGGGCGUG